AUGGAGACUGACCACCAAGAACUACCGGAUAAUUGCAACAAGCAUGAACCUGAUGUAAAUACCGCGGAUCAAAUACAACAGCCUGCACUGGAUCAGGAAAUCCGAUUAGAACGUGCUAAAAUCGUCGAAGAACUGUUACACAAUCACCCUCAAUUCAACCAUGUUGACUUACAGAGGCCAGCGCUCAUUGUUUCCGCCUUCGAUAAACCCGAUAUUCUACGUCUAUUGCGUAAUGCGGAUGCCGAUAUCAAUACACCUGAUCAGGUAGGCUGGUCGCUGAUCCUUUAUGCUGCAAAGUUUGGCAGCGUUCAAGCCAUUCAAAUCCUACUCGCUAGCGGUGCUGAUCUGCACACUCGAGAUAACUACGGACGGACUCCAAUUUUCGUUGCAGUCGAAUAUGAACGCGACCAAAAAAUAUUACAAGCCUUGGUGGAAGGUGGUGCUAAUUUAAUGGACACCAGCACGGACACUGGAGAUGGACUUCUUCAUUUGGCCGUUUUACGUGCUCCCCGCGUUAUGCGAUUCCUUUUGCAAUUUAAAGAACAGUUGGAUUUAAACCAGAGGAAUUUUGAGGGUUGCACACCACUUUUGUGUGCGAAAGAUGAGGGAGACAUUAGAUCUCUCGCUUUGUUGGUUGAAGCCGGAGCGGAUAUAAACUUGGUGGACAGCCGUGGGGAAACGUCGCUUCAUUGUGCGAUUGAGUUUGAGACAGUGAAUUUCCGUGAUCUGCUUUUAUCCCAACCCGAGAUUGAGCUGAAUUGUGUCUCUGUCUAUUUGGGUAGUCCGCUACACUCUGCAUGUCGUCGAUCACACCCAGAUUGCGUGAACGCUCUGUUAGCACGCGGGGCUGAUCCAAACCUGAUAUCGCCCAGUACAUGGGACCAGACACCGCUGAUUUCAGCGUUACUACCGAGUGAGUAUGUGCGUGGCGAUAUCAUGUCAUCGGUGGAAAACGUCGUUCGUUAUCUCGUCCGGUCCGGGGCAUCUGUCGGAACGAUAGUCCCGGCGACAUUCUAUUGUCCUCUGGCAACAGCUUGUUUCUCAGGCACCCCAAGUAUGAUCGAUUUUCUGCUUGAUGCGGGUGCUUCAGCAGGCUGUAUUGACCCUGUCUCUGGAAGACUGCCGAUUCACUUCGCCGCUGCUAACGGCAUGAAAAACUUUGAUACUAUCCUGCUCGCUUUCCAGGAUAACAUGAUGACGCCUGACGCCUAUGGCAAGAAUUGUCUCCAAUGGGCUGCCCAGUAUGGUAAUGCCUAUAUCGUGGAAUAUAUUCUGUCUCGGCUUGAACUUACGUCUGAGCGAAGACAAGCGGUAGAGCAAGCCGACUGCGAUGGGUGGACGCCGCUGUGUUGGGCAAUCUGUCCCCUCUUUAAUCACUAUCUUGAUCAGAUGGGCUCUGAACACAGAGACCGCGUCAAUACUGUUCGCAUAUUACUGGCACAUGGCGCAGAUCCAGAGGUGAAAUGUCGGCGAGGCACAAAGACCUUAAAGCCACUUGAACUUGCGCAAAUGUGUAAUGCUGGCCCCGAGAUCAUCUCCCUUCUUCAGGAGAGAGUCUCUCCGCAACCGGAUUUAGGAGCGCCAUCUAUCCUCAAACGUGGACGGAACUGUGUUCACAAUUCGGACCUCCUACAUGAUGGCCAGUCCCAUGUCAUUAACUUGAGGCCUGGGAUAGCUGAGUACGAAGAGUUGAAGAAUAUGGUCUCCAAUGACAGACAUACUGGUGUAGAGAGAGGCCCCAACCAGCUGUCUCACUCAGAAGCCACAGUGUGGAAGGCUUAUGGAGAUGAACUGAAGGAAAUGGGGUGGAACGCUUUGGAUCCAGCAGGAUUCUAG